AGGAAACACAGAACAUUAUUACCCUACAUAUUUGUAUUUUAUGCAUGUAAGCGGUGACUUUCGAAUCACUUCCCUUCUGGGAGGCAGUUUACAUAACUUCCACAGAACACCAUCCAUUCAUGAUUAAAUUUGAUUGCUCUGGUUCAUUUUAGCACCUAUGUUAGUAUAUUCCCAAUACAUGUUGGAAGAAACAAUUUAUUAAGAAUACUGUGUUUGUAAAAACCCUAACAUGGCUUAUCUUAUUCAACCAUCCCAUCUACUGAACAGGUGUAUUUCCAUGGCUAUUUUGAGCGUAAUGGUACACGUGAAAUAGUGGAGUGUAAUCUUGAACUCCUGCAAAGCGAUGUCUGUGAAUUUAUUGACUUAAACAGUGGAGAAAAGUGGGUUUGUGUCCGUCCUAAAAUUCUUCCUUGUGACUCUUGGGUCUACCAUUCUACAGGGGGAGAGAGAAAAGUAACCACCAAAGAAGAAGAUGUAUUCUUAAAAAGGUCUGUCAUAAACCAAACUGUGCCUGUUUCAGUAACCCCAUUUAAUGUAUUGUCAGCUAAAACCAUCAAAGCUCCAAAGAAACCACUUCCUGCUUGUACUGUAAAACAGAUGGCAGCACAUCCUUCAGGGUUCUACUACAAUGAUACAUGGAUCUCGCUGCAGUGUCUUAAUCGCCAAUUUAAACUUCCAUCUGAUGCCAGGGCAUGUCUCCAAGACAAGAAUAUAUUGAUGUUUGGAGACUCCACACUGCGUCAGUGGUUUGAAUACCUUGAGGAUUUUAUUCCCACACUAAAGAGGAUGGACCUUCAUAAACCAUAUAAUCCAGGCCCUCUACUAGCUGUGGACGUGGAGUCAAAUAUUGUGAUGAGCUGGAGGUGUCAUGGAUUGCCAUUUAAAACUCUUAAAAUGAAAGCUGCUGAUCUACACUAUGUAGUUAAUGAGAUUUCAGGUAUUGGAGGCGGGCCAUUUACAGUAGUGGUACUAUCUGGCUGGGCUCAUUUCACAACUUACCCUGUGGCAGUGUAUGUGAGUUGGUUGAGAAAACUGCGGGAAGCUGUAAGGAUGUUACUUCUUAGAAGUCCAGAGACAAAGGUCCUCAUUAAAUCAGCCAACACCGCUGAAAACACAGUAUAUAGCAAUAACUGGUUUGCUUUUCAGUUUGACAAAAUACUAAGACUUAUGUUUUCUACCCUACCUGUGAUUGUAGUAGAUGCAUGGGAGAUGACAUCUUGUCAUUAUUUGCCAGAGGUGUUGCACCCAGAGAAACCAGUGAUCAAGAAUGAAGUAAACAUGAUGUUGUCCUAUAUCUGUCCACACUGAUAGUAACGUAUGUCAAGUCGACAACUGUAUUAGCCUUCUGAUACCAUAUUGGACAUGGACUUGAUCAGCGAAUAUUGCACUGUACUGUUGAAUGGCAAGUAUUAAUGAGAAGACAUUCAAGAAUAUCCACAGCAAGACAUACAACUGAUCAUAAAUUUAUAGUGGGAUACAGGUAGCAUUACACAUUUUGUGCUAUAAGGCAUAUAAUCAUAUAUGAGUAUGACCCUUGGGCUGUGGGUCUCUGAGUACUUGCUCAUACACUGGGACAUUGGUUUACUUUUUCAGUCUAAAGAACUAUUUAAUGCUUUUUUAAGGACAUGUACAUAAAUAAAGAAAUUUUGUUUUGUCUUGGGAUUUCUUGGAGUACCUGCUAAUCUUUUAAUAAUUGGUUCCACACUCCCUGGCUGUUGGUUUGGGGCUUUGCACCUAAAACUAAUGUCUCUGCUGGUGAUAGUAUAUUGUUCAACAUCC